GACCUCUGAAAACCUCCUGCUGUGAGUUACAUGUUUGUUCUUUCUCUGGUUGGUUUCCUGGUCGAAGCUGCAGUUUAAUUUCACCUUCAGUCAUCAGCUUCAUGCAGAUUAUUUUCACCAUCAGAAGGUAAAGAUAGAACAACUCUCAGCUCUCUCUGCAGGUGGAGGCUCUGCUAUGAAUCAGAGUGAGGACAGAGAGGAGGGAGUCCCUCCCUCUAAAACCACUCUGUGUGGGGAACACGAGAGCAAGACCAAAGCUCAGAGGAAGCAGCAGCAGAGACCAGACUCUCCUGAACCCAGCUGUCUGUCCAUGAAGAGUGACGGGUCUAUGGGUCGUCUUAUUAACUUUAAAGAUGAUCAACCUGCUGAUGGAAGGAAGCAGCAGCAGAGACCAGACUCUCCUGAACCCAGCUGUCUGUCCAUGAAGAGUGACGGGUCUAUGAUUGAACCUAUUAACUUUAAAGAUGAUCAACCUGCUGAUGGAAGAGUUCAGCAGCAGAGCUCAGAGGUCCACAGUGAUCAGUCUGCCCAGCAGCAUCAACCAGACCUGGACUCCAUAUUGAUGCUGCUGGAGGAGAACAUCAUCACUUUUGUGAAGAAGGAGCUAAAGAGAGUUCAGAGGGUCCUGAGACCAGAUUACCCAGAAUGCUUAGAGAGUCAGAGGGAGGAUGAGGAGGUGUUGGACGGUGAGGAUGAAGAGCAGAGGAGGAGCAGCAGAGAGGAGUUUCUGAAGAUCACAGUGAACUUCCUGAGGAGAAUGAAGCAGGAGGAGCUGGCUGACUGUCUGCAGAGCAAAAUUCAUGCUGCAGUUUGUCAACAUAAACUCAGGUCAAACCUGAAGAAGAAGUUCCAGUGUUUGUUUGAGGGGAUCUCUAAAGCAGGAAACCCAACCCUUCUGAAUCAGAUCUACACAGAGCUCUACAUCACAGAGGGAGGGACUGGAGAGGUCAGUGAUGAACAUGAGGUCAGACAGAUUGAAACAGCAUCCAGGAAACCAGACAGACCAGAAACAACCAUCAGACAAGAAGACAUCUUUAAAGCCUCACCUGGAAGAGAUGAACCAAUCAGAACAGUGAUGACAAAGGGAGUGGCUGGCAUUGGGAAAACAGUCUUAACACAGAAGUUCACUCUGGACUGGGCUGAAGACAAAGCCAACCAGGACAUACACUUCACAUUUCCAUUCACUUUCAGAGAGCUGAAUGUGCUGAAAGAGAAAAAGUUCAGCUUGGUGGAACUUGUUCAUCACUUCUUUACUGAAACCAAAGAAGCAGGAAUCUGCAGGUUUGAAGAGUUCCAGGUUGUGUUCAUCUUUGACGGUCUGGAUGAGUGUCGACUUCCUCUGGACUUCCACAACACUGAGAUCCUGACUGAUGUUACAGAGUCCACCUCAGUGGACGUGCUGCUGACAAACCUCAUCAGGGGGAAACUGCUUCCCUCUGCUCGCCUCUGGAUAACCACACGACCUGCAGCAGCCAAUCAGAUCCCUCCUGAGUGUGUUGACAUGGUGACAGAGGUCAGAGGGUUCACUGACCCACAGAAGGAGGAGUACUUCAGGAAGAGGUUCAGAGAUGAGGAUCAGGCCAGCAGGAUCAUCUCCCACAUCAAGACCUCACGAAGCCUCCACAUCAUGUGCCACAUCCCAGUCUUCUGCUGGAUCACUGCUACAGUUCUGGAGGAUGUGUUGAAAACCAGAGAGGGAGAAGAGCUGCCCAAGACCCUGACUCAGAUGUACAUCCACUUCCUGGUGGUUCAGACCAAACUGAAGAACGUCAAGUAUGAUGGAAGAGGUGAGAGAGAUCCACACUGGAGUCCAGAGACCAGGAAGAUGAUUGAGUCUCUGGGAAAACUGGCUUUUGAGCAGCUGCAGAAAGGAAACCUGAUCUUCUAUGAAUCAGACCUGACAGAAUGUGGCAUCGAUAUCAGAGCAGCCUCAGUGUACUCAGGAGUGUUCACACAGAUCUUUAAAGAGGAGAGAGGACUGUACCAGGACAAGGUGUUCUGCUUCGUCCAUCUGAGUGUUCAGGAGUUUCUGGCUGCUCUUCAUGUCCAUCUGACCUUCAUCAACUCUGGAGUCAAUCUGAUGUCAGAGGAACAAUCAUCAUACUGGUUAAUUGGACUUUUCUCCUCCUUGCGGUCUAAAGUCUUCCCAGACAAACCUGAACCAGCACAUCUCUACCAGAGUGUUGUGGACAAGGCCUUACAGAGUCCAAAUGGACACCUGGACUUGUUCCUCCGCUUCCUCCUGGGUCUUUCACUGCAGACCAAUCAGACUCUCCUACGAGGUCUGCUGACACAGACAGGAAGUGGCUCACAGACCAAUCAGGAAACAGUCCAGUACAUUAAGAAGAAGAUCAGUGAGAAUCUGUCUCCAGAGAAAAGCAUCAACCUGUUCCACUGUCUGAAUGAACUGAAUGAUCGUUCUCUAGUUAAUGAGAUCCGAUGGCACCUUAGAUCAAGAAGUCUCUCCACAGAUGAACUGUCUCCUGCUCAAUGGUCAGCUCUGGUCUUCAUCUUACUGUCAUCAGAAAAAGAUCUGGACGUGUUUGACCUGAAGAAAUACUCUGCUUCAGAGGAGGCUCUUCUGAGGCUGCUGCCAGUGGUCAAAGCCUCCAACAAAGCUCUGCUGAGUGGCUGUAACCUCUCAGAAAGAAGCUGUGAAGCUCUGUCCUCAGUUCUCAGCUCCCAGUCCUCUAGUCUGAGAGACCUGGACCUGAGUAACAAUGACCUGCAGGAUUCAGGAGUGAAGAAGCUGUCUGCUGGACUGAAGAGUUCACACUGUUCACUGGAAACUCUCAGUCUGUCAGGUUGUCUGAUCACAGAGGAAGGCUGUGCUUCUCUGGCCUCAGCUCUGAGAUCCAACCCCUCUCAUCUGAGAGAGCUGGACCUGAGCUACAAUCAUCCAGGAGACUCAGGAGUGAAGCUGCUGUCUGCUGGACUGGAGGAUCCAGACUGGAUACUGGCCACUCUCAAGGUGGAUCAUGGUGGAGAGCAGAGGUUAAAACCUGGUCUCAGGAAGUACGCCUGUGAACUGGAAGUGGACACAAACACAGUGAACAGAUUCCUCAAACUGUCUGACAACAACAGGAAGGUGACAUGGGGAGAGGAUCAGUCAUAUCCUGAUCAUCCAGACAGAUUUGAUCACUGGCCUCAGCUGCUGUGUAGAACUGGUCUGACUGGUCGCUGUUACUGGGAGGUCGAGUGGAGAGGACUGGUUUAUAUCUCAGUGAGUUACAGAGGAAUCAGAAGGAAAGGAAGCAGUAAUGACUGUUUGUUUGGAAGAAAUGAUCAGUCCUGGAGUCUGAGCUGCUCUGAUGGUCGUUACUCUGUCUGGCACAAUAACAGAGGAACAUCCAUCACCUCCUCCUCCUCUGUCUCUAACAGAGUAGCAGUGUAUGUGGACUGUCCUGCUGGCUCUCUGUCCUUCUACAGAGUCUCCUCUGACAAACUGAUCCACCUCUACACCUUCAACACCAUAUUCACUGAACCUCUGUAUCCUGGGUUCUGGAUCUGGUCAUUGGGUUCCUCAGUGUCUCUGUGUGAUCUGUAGGUCUGAGAGUCUGUGGAAGUGACAGCAGCUUCAGUCCUGUGGUUUAAAUGUUGGUGGUGGAUGAGGUUUCACUUUGGUUUCACUUUGAAUCACUGAGUUCAGACAAACCUAAGUUAAUGUUCAUGUGUUUUCAAGAAAUUAUUAUUUCUUCAGACGUGUUUGACAAGUUAAAUCUGUUUUAGUGUAAAAAUAUUCUGUUACAGUUCUACAAACAACAGACCUAGUAGACUUAUGCAUGUGGUAUUGGAAAUGAUUAGUUCUGCGUAGAAAGUGUUGUCAGCACCAGUCACAGAUCCAGAGCAGAUGAUUGUAUUUAACCAGAUUUCACCCCAAACAGAGGUAAUGAGUCAUUUUCUGUAGCCAAAAGCUGAAACAUGACAUUAGUUCAAAAUCAUAUCUCUAAGAUAUUCAUGACAUUUCUUCCUGAUAUUUUUAUAUUCUGUAAACUCAGAGUCAACAAUGAUCCACCGUCACCACACUGAUGAAAACUCUUCACUAAAGAUAUAGUCACUGAUUCUAAUAUGAUACGUUUUUUUCAGCAAAUAUCUCCUCAUCGUCCACCGACACCUCCAGCCAGGCAGCAACAGGGACCAUUCAUGCUAACAGACAGUAUCAUUUUAAGGAUUAGCAGUAGAAGAAGGAGCAGUUUACCUUUCUGUGUUUAUGUCAGAAACUCACUCUCUGCAGGACAAACUGCUGAUGUUGUAUUAAUGUUACCUGGUCUUUAGCGCCACCUGGUGGAGCCUGGUCUCCACUGCACUGAGUUGUUUCAGCCUCUAGAUGGAGUCAUUACUCCAGGACUGACUCCCAUCAUCCUCUCUGAGUCUGUGUCUCUCAGUCUGUGUCCUGGGCCCGGUUUUUCAAAAGGUUUAAUCUGGAUAAAAUUGAUCUGGAUUUGGUAAUCCUUUUUUUUGCUAUCCAUGAUCACGUAAUCCAUUUUACUUUUGUUCCAGACUGGGUCUGGAAAGGGACUAAAUCAGAUUAGGUUCUUAGAUUUAUGAG